AUGCCUUUCUUGAAACCAUGUUCGCGCAGAAUUUUGUUAUUCACGUUCAGUGCAAUUGUUAUUGUGGUUGGUUCUGCGCCGCUGGAAAAUACCACUGAGGUCAUGGAUCCCGCAUUUGAAGGAGUUGGACACGAAGCAGGCUUGAAAGUCUGGAGAGUUGAGAACUUCGAGUUGGUUCCCUUUGACAAGGUUGGGCAGUUCUACACUGGUGACUCAUACGUCGUGCUUCACACCAAGGAAAACAAUGGAUCCUUCUCCUGGGAUAUUCAUUUCUGGCUGGGGAACGAAACGAGCCAAGAUGAGAUGGGCACGGCGGCCAUUAAAGCGGUCGAGUUGGACGACGUGCUGGGCGGCGUCCCGGUUCAGUACCGAGAAGUCCAGGGCGCGGAGUCCUCCAAAUUCCUCUCGUACUUCAAGAAAGGAAUCCGGUACUUGCCCGGCGGCAUCAAGUCGGGCUUCACGCACGUCGACCCCGAUGCCUUUGAGAAACGCUUAUUCCAUGUCAAGGGCCGUCGCAAUGUCCGUGUCAAGCAGGUGCGUCCAGGCUGUGAAAAUUUCAAGGGCAACUCAAUUCACGAAAUUCAGAGUCAAGAACCCGGGGAAAAAAGA